CUGGCCACACUGCUACCUCCCGCACAUCACAACAACAACAAAGCGUAACACAGGGGAAAAAAGAGCAAAAUAGUGCCAGGCCAGCUACCAAAUAUUUAUAUUAGAAUUUCAUUUUCCGGCUGCGAAAAGCGCGCUUUUUAUUGCGAUUACUUAGUCUGCUCCCCCCGACACACACACACACACACACGCAGGCACACGGUGAUUGCGCAAUUCCAGUGGAACGAGAGUGUGCUGGUGUGCGGGGUGUGUGUGUAAACAAAAUCGAAAUCGAAACAACGGGAAUUGAUUUAGAACGAGUGGAGCGGAGCUUUUGAUGGGCAACUCGCAACCGCGGAAUGCGAGCAGAAGCAGAAGGACAUCGCAGUGGCCACAAGGAGGAGGAGGAGGAGCAGCAGCGGAACUAGGCGCCACCACCGAUCAUCGCCAGCAGCAGGAGCAGCGGGAGGAAGAGCAGCAGGAGGAGCAGCAGCAGCAGGAGCAACAGGAGCAGGUCGUGAAUCCCAGGAGAAACCAGCUGCAAUCCGAUCCUCCAGGCGAGGCGGAGCCACAAUCACAGCAGCAGCAACAGCUUUCUACUUGGAGUCUCGGCAGCCUCAGCGGAGGACGACUCAACUGGAGCUUUUCCGGGGCCCGCAACUCAUUUCGCCAUCGGAACAAGGCGACGCGAAAGAGCUUGACCUCGCUUCAUGGCUCUCGUCGUGGCAAAACACAGUGGCACCGACCUCUGACUAACUCAAUAUUUAAUUCACACUUCAAGGAGUCCAGCCGCAACGAUCUGUACCAAAUCGAACAUCUGGUGGCCAAAGGAGCCUUUGGCGUUGUCUUCAAGGUGUCCACUAAAAGCGACAAGAGCUUGUGUUACGCCUUAAAAGUGCUAAAGAAAUCAAAGCUCAUCGAGGACAAUAGCGUGCGGCAGAUCAAGGACGAGGCCGACAUACAGAAGGUUUGCGGUCAUCAUCCGUUUAUCGUGAAGCAAAUUGAUCUGUGGCAGAACCGUCACAACCUCCACAUUCUAUCGGAGUACGUGCCCAACGGCGAGUUGUUCUCAAAAAUAACGCACUUCUCCAUCGAUCUGGUUCGACUGUAUAUCGGCGAGAUAGCACUUGCUUUGGAUUUCCUGCACAACGCCGGGAUCAUUUAUCGCGAUGCCAAGCCGGAGAAUAUCCUGCUAACGCAACAGUUUCACAUUAAGCUGACCGACUUUGGCCUUAGCAAGUGGCUCAAACUGGGGGCCAAUACGCGCACCAUGUGUGGCACUUUCAAAUACAUGGCCCCGGAGAUUCUGUGCGGCGAACCUUAUGGCCAUGCAGUGGACUGGUGGGCCUUGGGCGUCAUUGCCUGUCAGAUGCUGACACAGAAGUCGCCGAACAUUAAGCGCCACCUGCUGCUGCGCCGUCGGGAAAGUGUGGAGCCGGAGGACGGCCUGUCGAAUGCCCCCUCCUUUGCCCAGAUCAAUGGUUGUCUGCAGGACAGUGACAGCGGCGACAGCGAGGACUUCCUGCCGGAGGAGGUGCAGCACCUGGCCCACGAGGGCAGGGAUGUCCUGCGCAAGCUGCUCACCAUCGAACCACGUCAGCGAAUCCGCAGUGUGAUGGCUCUCCAGAGGAUUGCCCUCUAUAAGGGCUAUAGCCUGAGUUCCAAGCAGCUCCUAAGCCUCUCUCCCCGAGAUAUCAUAGCAAGAGAUGGCAUACGGAUCUAUGAGGACAGACAGUUCGAUCAGGCAACCAGCCAGUGUGCCAUCGAUGCAUUCCUGGACUUCUAGCACCCGCAAUUCGAAAAAGAGCCAUCGAAACAAAGUCACAAGGACGCGAUGUUCAGCCAUACAAACAGUUUCCAAUUAUUUGGGUAUUAUUUAAACUCUACCUUUCCAUUAAAUUUAAAAUUUUUGCAUAAAAAAACUUAUAUACUCUCGACUCGAUUAACAAAGGCCUUAAAUUCAUUAAGAGUGAACAAAUGUUUGUUAAUUAAUCAAUAUAUUUUUUUGUGGCAAUGUUAUAUAACCUAAAAUCAUUAUACAAGUAUUCAAAAGCUUACAGUGAUACAACUUUAUGAAAUUCUAAUUUUUUAUUCCAUUCCAUUAAGUAAAUGAAAUAUAUUAGCUGCAUUUUUUAUUAUUGAGUGUACACUGUUAAUGUUUCGUUAUAUGUAUAUUUUUUCGAGCUUGAGAAGUAAUAUUUUAGAGUGUUUACCAGCGUGCCAAAAUUAAAUG